AGAGGAGAGAGGAGAGGCGAGGAGAGGAGAGAGGAGCUGGCUCGCUGCUCGUGUGUUGGAGGUGACGGGACGCGGCGCCGGGUGAGCUGGAGAUGAGACGGGCUGGGGUAGACAGCCACAAGCCCCUGGGUGAGCCUCAGCGGGCCAGAGGCAAUGAUGAGAAGGAGGCGGUGAUGAUGCAGAACGAGAGCAAAAUGAAGAGGAUCUUUGGGUUUGAGUUGUCCGAUUUCAGAAGUUGGCACCGGUUUGUCUGCCUGUUGCACCGGCCCACCGACCCAGCCUCCCUGGGGGUCUUCAGGCUCCUCUUUGGCUUGCUGAUGACCCUUGACAUUCCACAGGAGCGGGGUCUGAGUUCGCUGGACCACAAAUACUUUGACGACCUAGUGGUCUGCCGCUUUCCUCUCUUCAACUUCCUGAAACCGCUUCCUUUGGAUUGGAUGUACAUGGUCUUUGUGGUCAUGUGGCUCGGUGCGAUAGGGAUCAUGCUGGGCUGCUUCUACAGACUGUCCUGUCUGAUGUUUUCCAUCACAUACUGGUACAACUUCCUGCUGGAUAAAACAUCUUGGAACAACCACUCCUACCUGUAUGGCCUCAUUGGCUUCCAGCUCACCUUCAUGGAUGCCAACAGAUACUGGUCGGUUGACGGAUUACGAAACCCAAAGAAGAGGAACGUUCAAGUACCUCUGUGGAACUACACGCUGCUGAGAACACAGAUCUUCAUUGUCUACUUCAUCGCUGGAGUGAAGAAGCUGGAUGCUGAUUGGGUGGAAGGCUACUCCAUGAACCAGCUCGCUGGCCAUUGGCUGUUUGAUCCCUUCAAGCUGCUGCUGUCGGAGGAGCUGGUGAACCUGCUGGUGGUCCAUGGUGGUGGCCUGAUGCUGGACCUCACCGCCGGCUACCUGCUCUUCUUCAACGCCACCCGCCCGCUCGCCCUCGCCUUCGUCUCCUACUUCCAUUGCAUGAACUCCCAGCUCUUCAACAUCGGAAUGUUCUCCUACACGAUGCUGGCCACAUCCCCGCUCUUUUGCUACCCCGACUGGCCGAGGCCAAUAAUCCGGAGGUUGCCGGCAUUCCUGAGGCACGUGUCCCCCCUGACUGAGGCUCCAGGGCGGAGCGCGUCGUGUGUGUAUCCCAGCGACACACAGGGAGGAGAGGGAAUCGGGCAGCGGAGUGGCAGCAGCAGGCGGGCAACACACACACGACGCCAACAGCUCGGGGCAGCCUUUGUUGUCCUCUACAUUGUCGAGCAGUUCUUCCUGCCGUAUUCACACUUCAUCACACAGGGAUACAAUAACUGGACCAAUGGACUGUAUGGAUAUUCCUGGGACAUGAUGGUUCAUUCCCGGUCUCACCAACACGUGAAGAUAACCUACAAGGAUGGAGUAACGGGAGAAAUCGGCUACCUCAACCCUGGUGUGUGGACACAGAGUCGCCGGUGGAAGGACCAUGCGGACAUGUUGAAACAAUACUCGGGCUGCUUGGCCCAGGAACUUGGCAGAUACAACAUCGUUGACCCCGAGAUCUACUUUGACAUCUGGGUGUCGAUAAACGACAGGUUUCAGCAGAGGCUCUUUGACCCCCGUGUGGACGUGGUGAGGGCGGACUGGUCCCCAUUCAGGAAGACGUCGUGGCUGAUGCCACUGCUCGUUAACCUCUCACCCUGGAGGUUGAAGUUCGAAGAGAUCGAGAAAACUUUGGACAAUCAGACUGACGUGGUUUUCAUUGCAGACUUUCCAGGGCUUCACCUGGAGAACUUUGUGAGUGAGGACCUGGGUAACACAAGCAUCCAGGUGCUGCAGGGAGAGCUGGCCGUGGAGAUAGUGGCCGACAAGAAGAACUUCAGCCUUAAGGAGGGCGAUAAGAUGCAGCUUCCAGCUGGUGAUUAUCACCAUGUGUACACCACGUCUGAACAGCCGUCCUGUUACAUGUACAUCUAUGUGAACACCACAAUGGUGAAGUUCGAGGAGAAAUACACACGAUUUGUGGAGCUUCAGGAGAAGAUUAAGAAUGGAACGGAAACGGAAGACAUUUCGCCCGAGCUGCAGACUGUGUUGGACGGGACGGCGGAGAACAUCAACAUCACGGACCCCACCUUGGCUGCCUUUGUUCGGCGGCAGAGGAAGCAGGAGGAAUACGCUAGGAGGAGGAACUCAACUACGCUGGAGAGAUUCACCAGAUUCACUAAACGAAAACAUUUCAUCUUUCGAAGGAGCUUCCUGAUGACCGGCUACGCAUUGAGGAACCUUGUCUUCGGCCGCCCUCCCGUGGAGCAGCUGGCUGAAGAAUAUGAUUUUGCAUCCAUGAAGUUUGCUGAGAACGUGGACCGUGAAUCUCAGAUGAAGACAGAAGACCAUUUGGAACUGUGAGAGUGCUACUGCCUUAAAGCAUCGCUGACUAAUGUUUGCAAGGUCCACACCAGCCACCUGAACUGGAUUAGGUUGUUUGUGAAAACCUGUUGUUUUUCCAGUUCAGUGUCGGCUGCAUGGGAUCCGGUUUGUAAAAAAAACCCAAAUCAAUCGUUAAAGAUUGUAAUUACAUUUCACACUAAGUGAUGAGGGACCAAUUUAAAUAUUUUCCCGAAGGAUUAUUGAUACAUUACCGUGAUCCUGAAAGCAUUAUGCUUGACGUUAGAUUUUCUAGCAAAUAAAUGCACUACAAUGCUUACUAUUUCUCAAA